AUGAGCGUCCGUGUCGUUGCACGUGUCAGACCGCUUCUAAAAUCCGAACGAGAAGUCGAUGUCAUUCUGCGAACAGGGUCCUCCACUCAGCUGGUGCACAGCAAAGCCGACAAGACGGGUUCCAAGGACAGCGCCGCUCUCGCCGCUCUAAGGGAUCGCGACAACCUCGUGCGCAUCCCGAACCCCAAGAACGAGAACGAAGAAUACUCCUUUCAAUUCAAUGCUGUCUAUGACGCAGAGUCUUCACAACAGGAGCUCUUCGACGCAGAGGUCGCCCCCACCGUUAAGCACCUUUUUAACGGCUUUGACGUCACCUUGUUUGCUUAUGGAGUUACCGGCACCGGGAAAACACACACGAUGCGAGGUGGUAAAAGCCUAGCGGAUCGAGGUGUGAUCCCCCGUCUCCUGAGUAGCAUAUACAGACGCAGCCGCAAAAUUGAAAGGGAUAGUGAAGGCCAGACUACCGUCAAGGUGUCGCUAAGCUACUAUGAAAUCUACAAUGACAAAGUCUUCGAUUUGUUCGAGCCCCCAGAGAAGAGGACCCUGGCUGGUCUGCCUCUUCGUGACAAUGGCGGGAAGACUGUAGUUGUAGGACUGACAGAGAGGCCCUGCACCACCCUGAAGGAGUUCGAGACUCUUUAUGACCAGGCCAACACCAACCGAUCCACGUCGGCAACCAAGCUGAACGCACACUCGUCACGAUCGCAUGCAAUCCUCUGCGUCAAGGUGACGGUCAGCUCGGGAGAUAAGACUCGCAUCAGCACUGCGUCCGCCAUUGACUUGGCCGGCUCAGAGGACAACCGCCGGACUGAUAACGACAAGGAGCGCAUGGUUGAAUCGGCCAGUAUUAACAAGAGCCUUUUUGUUUUAGCGCAGUGCGUGGAGGCAAUCAGCAAGAAGCACUCGCGGAUCCCAUACCGCGAAUCGAAGAUGACGCGAAUUCUAUCGUUGGGACAGAACAACGGACUGACUGUGAUGAUUCUCAACUUGGCACCGGUGAAGUCAUACCACCUGGACACGAUCAGCUCGCUCAAUUUCGCCAAUCGCACCAAAAAGAUCGAGGUUCGCGAGGUAGAGAAUGAGCCGAUGUUCAAAGGGCCUCCGAGACUAUCUACACGACCCUCUGUAAUGGGCUCCCAACGGCAGCCGCUCCGGCCUCUGACCAGCUCUGUCAACAUAAAUCUUGCGGCGGCGGCGAACAAGGACGCGUCGAAACCGGGCGAUGUGAAGCCUAUGAAAGCAUUCCACGUCUAUUCUGAUAAGAGGCUCUCUGCCCAAUUCAAGAAGCCCGAAGUACCGAAACGACCGUCCAUAGGUUCAGAUGCCACGCGUCAUUCCAAGCCGUCUCGUAUUGCGCAGCCGUCCCAGCCGCCUAAAAGCUUCGAGGAUAUCUCCGCAGCCAAGAUUGAAGAGAUGGUCGAAAAGAAGGUGGAAGAGAUCCUGGCAGUGAGAGCAGUCAGCGAGCAGUCGCGGCAGACUCAGGUUCGGGAACUAAACGAACAGGUUCAAAGGCGUCUCGAGCUCCUUGAGCAGCGGAUCGAGGGCACUGAGGACGCGAGAGCCGAGGGUCUGUCCUAUCUGCUGAUGGCAAAGCAGCAUCAGGCCCGCAGUGAGGACAGUUCCGCUUUGAAGAUGUACCAGCUUGCACUCCCGUUCUUCCCCGACAAUGAAAAGCUCGCCACGAAGAUAGCCAAGCUCAAAGAACGGAUUCAGAGCAAAUCUCGUCACGCUAUGGAGCCCACUGGAACUUCUGCUCUGGCUCCAGCCAAGAGAGAAUUUGGGAGCAUGCUCUCGCUGAAGAAGCAGCCCUCCCGAGCCGGAGUCAAACGCUCUGCUGAAGAGUCUGAUGCUGACUAUGAGGAUCCCGAGGUGCUGAGUGAUGAUGAUAUCACAGAAAUCACCACCCACUCCAGACGCAAGAAGCGCACAAAGACGAAGUCCUCCGACGAGGAGUGCACCCUCGACAGCCACGAGGAAUCUCCUUCGCCCCGGACCAUUCACCUCCUCUCAAUUAUCAACUCCCGUGAUGUGAGUCAGAUCAAACUCCUCAGGGGCGUCGGCGUCAAGAAAGCAGAGGCUAUUGUCGACUGUCUUUGCGAGAUGGACCAGCACUUGGAUAGCAGUCAUGAUGACAGCGCCCAAGUGCAGAUCAACAGCCUUGUUGAACUGAGCAAACUGAAGGGUGUCGGAGUCAAGACGGUUGAAAACAUGAGAAAUGGGGUUCUGGUGUAG